AUGAGCGAACCAAAUUUCAUUGACUUAUAUGACGAUUCUUUAGAUCGAUUUAUUAAUAAGCUUGAUAUGAAUCAGCUUUUUAAUUUUAACAUUGAUAUAAAUGAAUUGCUUAUGCCAAUUCCCAAAGACAUAAAAAAGAUUCCCAGACCUAUGAAUUCAUUUUUAUGUUGCAGGAGAAAGAUCUAUUUAUUGGCUAUCAAAAGGGGUUUGACUGAUGAAAUCGCUGAUGGUAAAUUUUUAACUCAGGUUACAACAAAAAUUUGGAAACAUGCCAGUCAACUUCAAAAAAAUAUUUUUGUAGAAAUUGCAAAACAUAUUAAGUUGAUUGAGAAAGAACGUUAUGAAAAUUGUAAUGUUAAGAAGGUAACAAAAGAAGUUGCUAAUGUUUUUGUGAAUGUGAACAUGGAAAAUUUUGGACAUAAAGAUAGGAUUCACAAAACAAACAAGAAAAAAGUUUCAUCACGUGUUAAGAAAACACCUACAAAUUCGAUUAAAAAAUCUAUUUCUCAAUUUGAUCAAAAUCUUACCAAUUCGAUUUCAAGCCCUUUAAUCAAUGGAACUGCCGAUUUUUCAUUAUACGAUGCUGACAAUAUCGCUAUGAAUUUUCCUAUCAAUACCGGUUUUAUUCAAAAUGGUUUUGGAUGUAUUUACCUUCCGUUUAUAUUAGGAAACUCCCUAUUCGAUCACACAAUGAGUCUCGGAGAACAACCACAUUGUGAAGUACCCAAUGAAUUAUUAGAAACCAAUAGAAUGUUUUAUAAUAUUUGA